GUUUUAUGACAGAUACAAAUACUUUCAAACCUAAAUCAGUAACAUUAACCAUCGAGAGAGUAGGACGCCAAAACGCGCGGCCCUUCGCUGACACACCCGGCAGGACGCAUCGCUCCCGCCUGCCUCGCCUCCGUCAGGGCAGGAUGCGGGCUGGGCGAGGGGCGCCUUGAUGGUCCUGCCACGCGAGAACGUCCUGCCGAGUGUGUUGGUCUGGGUGGCUGGGCAAUGUUGUAUUCGGCGAGUGUUAGGGAGAGAGACAGACUACGUAGGUGCAUGGAAUGUCUCAGGCAGGAUCAUUCUUUUCCUUUUUCCUUCCCUUACAAAUGAGAGCGUUUAGCACGAAAUAUUUCUGCGUCACGUGCACGGAAUGUUUCGUGGGUCAGUGUUUCGUGAGCUCUCCGUCAGUAGAUCGAGGCGCCCCGAGUAACGCACCGCCCCACCCCAGCAGCAGGGAACGCGGGAGCCGGAGGUCACCAUCCGCCUCAGCUCGAACAGCGCGCGGCUCCACAACCAGGUGCGCUACGACCUGACAUGCGGGGCGUACAAGCGUGUGGCGAGCAGCGACGAGGACCUCACCCUCGACCUGCUGACCCUGCCCUCGAGGGUCAUACACCGCGACCUACACCACCAACUCCAGGAACAACAACAUCAGCAGCAGGAGCAGAGCAAGCAGACAACGGAAGCAGGCGCAGACGCUGGGCGGCGGCUGAUGGAGGAGGUGUACAAGGACAUGGUGAGCCAAGUCGACCUGGCUAAGCUCGACUCGCAGCCCAACCCAUUCAACUUCUCCGAGCGAGUUUCACAGACCAACAGGUUUUCGCACAGGAACCUCGCAGUGCAGACGGAGGCACCGCCGAGCACUACCUUCGCCCACACCGUCGGUCCCGCUGAGAUUACCGAAGCCUACAGUGCCAACUAUGAGCUUCUACUGGACCGGGAGAUGGAACGGGAGAGGGAGGAGCGGGAGGAGGAGCGGGAGAGAGACCUAAGCAGGGAGCGGGGAGGAAGGAGGACGCCUUCCCCCGGGGCGCUGGACCCUCUGGAGGUGGCCAGCAGCUCGGGACGAAGGCACAGCGAGCGGGCGGGCCUGGCGGGGCUUGGACAGGCGGCCAAGGUGGUGGAGAGGAUGGUCAACCAGAACACCUAUGACGACAUAUGUCAAGAUUUCCGGUACUGGGAGGACGGGAGUGACGAGUUCCGGCCGCUUGAGGGUUCCUUGCUCCCCCUCUGGAAGUUCCACCACGACAGGUCACGCCUCCUCGUAGUGACCGAUCUGUGCUGGAGCCCCAUCUACCCCGACCUCUUCGCCGCCGCCUACGCCCCCUCAGGCGAGGGGGGCGCCGGGCCGGGGGGCGUGGGCAUGCUGUGUUUGUACUCCCUCAAGAACCCGUCCACGCCCGAGAGAGUGUUCCGAGCUCCCUGCGGCGUCACCUGCCUCGCCUUCCACCCCAAGCAUGGCAGUGUCUUCGCGGCGGGCUGGGCGGACGGCUCGGUGGUGGUGUACGAAGCGCGGCGACCAGGCGAGUCAGCCGGGCUCACCUCCUGCACGGGCGAGGGCAAACACCUGCUGCCCGUGACACAGGUCCGAUGGGUACUAACGGAGCCCGGGGAGGACCUGUGCCUUUACUCGGUGGCCCAGGACGGCAGACUAACGCAGUGGCAGGUUCACUCCUCCGUCCUCAUUCACACCGACCUCAUACAGUUCAGACCUGACCUCCCGCGCGCCCCUCAGCCCCAGGACAGAGUGGCGCUCGAAGGCAUCGGGACGUGCGUGGCCUUCCGCCCUGACAACGAGAAGGUGAUGCUGGUGGGCGUGGACACGGGCGCGGUGUUCCAGUGCACGACAUCGGACACGGCGCACUCCCUCAUCCGCUACCCCGCCCACACCGCCCCCGUCAGGCAGGUGCUCUGGAACCCCUACCACAACCACGUCUUCGUCUCCUGCUCCGUCGACUGGACCGUCAAAGUGUGGCUCCAGUAUAACUUGUCGCCGCUCAUCGUACUUGACCUGGGGGGCGCCGUGUCGGGGGUCGCGUGGUCGCCCUUCAACAGCAGCGUGGUCGUGGCGCUGUCGGACGAGGGUCGCGUGUACGUCUACGACCUGUUCAUGCGACGCGCCAAGCCCCUCUGCGUUCAAUCCCUCGUGCAGCGGCGGCGGGCGGCGGCUACGUGCGUGUCUCCCAGCCCGAGCCAUCCCGUGCUGCUGGUGGGCGGCGAGAGGUGCGUGAAUGGCCAUGGGUGGAUAGUGGGUAACUUGAUCUGCCUGAAGCUCUCCCCGAACCUUAGGCGGGUGAGCAAGGACACGAAGUCGGCGGACGAGCGAACGGCGCGGGAGAUCGAGUUGAGCAAGAUGGAGAGACUCAUCGCCACCAACAAGGGCUGACCAGGCGGGAGGGAGACUAGCCAGACUUUUUUUUUUUUUUUUGUGGUCAGCUAAGGAAGGGACAAACCUCUUCCAUAUCUAUUUCUUUUCACAGUUUUUGUAUUGCUUUAGUAGGGACGGAGCCUCAGUUUCAACGUCUCCUUUUUAUUGAUGUUCGUGUACCGGUUUAAGUUCAACGACCAAUAAACU